AUGGAGGGAGACAUGGAGGAGACGGCCGCGGGUGGCGGCUGGGGACAGGGCCAGCGGCAGCCAGAGCUGGUCCUGGGGGUCCUUCCUCUCAUCUGCCUUACCUUCCUUCCUUCUCCCUGCCACGCAGGUAUCUCUGGGAAGAGUCAGAUUCUUUUUGCCCUCGUCUUCACAACCCGCUAUCUGGACCUGUUCACCACCUUCAUCUCUGUCUACAACACCGUGAUGAAGGUCAUUUUUUUGAUAUGUGCCUACAUCACCGUGUACAUGAUCUACGUGAAAUUCCGGAAAACAUUCGACAGUGAGAAUGACUCCUUUCGCCUUGAGUUCCUGCUGGUCCCUGUCACAGGCCUAUCGUUUCUGGAGAACCACAGCUUCACCCCCUUGGAGAUACUCUGGACCUUCUCUAUCUACCUGGAGUCCGUGGCUAUCCUUCCUCAGCUCUUCAUGAUCAGCAAGACGGGGGAAGCAGAAACCAUCACGACACACUACCUUUUCUUCCUGGGCCUCUACCGCGCUCUCUACAUUGCCAACUGGGUCUGGCGCUACUACACGGAGAAUUUCUAUGACCAGAUCGCUGUAGUUUCCGGGGUCGUACAAACCAUCUUCUACUGUGACUUCUUCUAUCUCUACAUUACCAAAGUCCUAAAAGGAAAGAAGCUGAGUCUCCCCAUGCCUGUUUGAAGACAUUUCCACAGACAAUGCAAGAAAUUCCGAAGAUGAAGCCCUUCAGAUCACAGCUUUCCUUUCCUGGUCCUUUUUGACUAACGAUGGCUCAGCCGAGUUUCACUCCAGUGCCAGCAAGACAAUGAGGCCUGGGAAGCUGAUACACUUUUCAUCCAUAUGAGACUUUCCCCCAGUUUUUUUUUUUUUAAUUUCUUCUUACUUGAACUCGGUGCCAGUAAGUAGUGCUGGCCAAUACUGAAGUAGUGCAAAUUGCUCUCUCCCGGCUCUUCCCAGCAUCUACCUCCAAAACACGCCUCUACCUUGACCCUGAGGCAGCACAAGGAGUGUAAGGGGAAUCGUCACUACCUUUAGUCCUUCAGCCCUUUAACGAGUGCCUGUGGUAAAGGGAACGUGGCACUAUUAACUCUGGUAACACAUACAACGCCACUGACCCGUUUCACACGUGACCACAUCUGACACAGCAGACGCUACAAACUGUUGCUUCGACUCUGUAUGAACUAACAUCCUCCUGAACCUUAACUCUGCCCGACACCCAUUCCAGUCAAGUCCCAUAACGUUCAGGAAAAAUACGUUCCCUUUGAAAGACACGAAUCUUCCAAUUCCACAGGUAUUCAAACAUCCUCCCCACUCACUCACUUUCAGUGACAGUUCCUUGUAUUCUACAAACGGGGAUCGUUUUGAUUAAAAUUCAGUGGGUUGCCGACAGGUGUUUCCAACUCCUUGAAUUUGACUUUUUUUAAGAACUGGGAAGAACAGGGGCAAAGACAGUUUUACACUCCAAAAAUAAAGACAAAGUUCACAAUUUAUUGACAACAGUGUUUUUAUUUAUACCUACAAAAGAAAACAAGAUGGUAUCAAAAGGACAAUUUACAAACUAAGAAUAGUAACAUAGCUCUUAGUAUCCUGUGUCUGAACACCACAGAUCUAUGAAUCUCUCAAUUCAAGUCUUCAUUAAUACAACAGGAAUGUGUUCAGAGACCAGCAGGUGUGUGAAACAAGAGGCUGAUCCCACACAAAGCCACUAACCCUUCCAUCGUUCAGAGAAGUCCAAACAGUAAAUUGCUUCAGGAAGUGGGAGGGGAGGAGACACCCAACUCAUUUGACACUCCCACAAACUGUCACAGAUUGAAAACAAGGCAAACAAUACUAGACGCUAAUGCUUUAUCAACAAGGGCCCUCCAGCUGGUAUAUGGAACAGAGCAGCGAGCACCAGGUGGGACAGGGGCAGCACAUGCCACGGUGCAUUUAUGCAUUCAGCAGUCUGGUUAACACUCUGAACUGAACCGAGACCCUGGACUUCAGCUGACCUCGAUGGCAAUAAAGCACUGCAAGACUUGGCAUAGACAUUUACAUGUGCACAAGUCCCCCCCAAAAGAAGUGAAAGCUAUAGCAGACUAUAAGGCAGCUUUGGCGGUCCAGAGACCCUUUUUAAAGCCAGUCAGUGAGAUGUCCUACUCCUACACCCCUUAAACACAUUUCUGCAUUGAACUCGCAAAUUUAAAAAAAAAAAAAGCGCAGCUCUACAUUUGCUUGCGAGGGAGGCCAAAGACAAAUCAGCCAGUGCCUGGAUAAACGACAUGUUUCUGGCUUUCACUUAACACAAGCAAAGGAACUUCCUGCCCAAGCACUGGAAUUAGAAGAUGGGACGAAGGAACCAAGGUUCUGGAAGAUCUCUCCCUUUUCCCUCUGUGUCAGCAACCUACCUGUGUACUGCACCAAAAAAAAAAAACCAAACCCAAAAAACGCGCAUUCAUCCCCCAAAAUUUUACUCUGGGAAGAAAUUAAAUUUAAAAAGAAAUCAUUUCUGUAUAAGCAAGCUCUUUUCCUGGGCUAUAAGAAGUUCCACUCUGCUACAGAAGGAGUGGGCUGCCUUGUUCAUCCAUAUGCAAGAACGCCAACAGAAAAAAAAACCAAAACGCUGCACUCUCAUAAUGCAAAGAUUAUGCCUCACAAACCAGAUGCAUCCAUUCUUUUGUCAUAUUUUCAGAUCAAGAGCAGCCAACUCCUGUUAUCAUCUACUGUCUCUGAACCGUCAGGUAUUAGAAAUAACAAGUCAACAACAUGCUUUACUAAAGGGGAAACCCCCUCACACCCACCUUAGCCUGUAAAAUAAACAAGUUUUAUUUACGUAUUUACUAAAAUUUCACUCUUCUCUAACAUUUUCUAAAAUGCUACCUACCUGCGAGAGCUCAGCUCAAAGGGACCAAUGGAGCAGGGAAAUGCACUCAAAAGCCAGGAAAAGCAAUAGUCAGAGCAAAGUACAAAAGAAAUAAAGCUUCAGAAUCAAGAUGCACUAACCAGCUCACCGCUUACCUCAUGAAAAGGAGAUUCCAGGCAAUCUCCUCCUCCUCCCUUCCUCCCCCUGCCCUCCCCCCCAGCCCACCCUAUUCAAACCUCUUAAAUUUAAGUGUGGAAAACUCUGUCACAUUUUAUUCAGCGUAGCAGCAUCCAGAACAUUCCCCGUGGCAAAAGGUAGUUUGUUCGCGAAGGACAGACAAACAAGAUACGCUGUUUAUCGUCUCAGUUCUGCUUAGUUUCUGGGCUCUCAAAUAAGACUUCUCUCAAUAAACCUGACAACAGGAAUUUGAGAGCAGAAACUAAUGGAAGGAUAACCAGGCUCCACACGUUUGCGACGCUGCAAUUUAACAAUCGUAGGGGAAGAACUUACUUGGCUAAACAUUACAGCAGUGGUACCUACAGUGACUAUCUGGUUUUCAGGUAUCGAAUCCAAGACAGGUUUGGUCUCUGACAACGGGGUUAUAUUCCCAACUUCCCUACUGCAGGCUGCUACAGGUACCAGAAGAUGGGG